GUACGCACCCCAACGGCGUUGCCAUGGGGACCCAGAGGCUGCAGCCAGCCUGUGGCAGCGCCGCCUGCCUCGUGGCUCUUUGGACCUUGCGGCGGCGACAGUGGGAGCAUCAUGGAGCCUUCAGUAAGGACGGUCAAUACGACCGAGAAGCGGUGGAGCCUCGGCCGCUGCCGGCAUUUCUUCUGGCUGGGCGUCGUCUUCGACAUGGUGGGCGUGGCGGUGCUGUUCACUGGCGUCUUUGUGGACCUGGACUUCUACGACUUGCUGGUCUACCUGGGCUCCGCCAUCAUCUUCCUUAGCCUCCUCUGGUGGGCCUCCUGGUACACCGGCAACAUCGAGCUGCUCCCCGAAGAGACCCUGAAAGUCUCCUCCUUGCCCUCUGCCUCCUUGGUGGAGGCCCUGCGCCACAGCGCCAGCCACUCCCUCUCUGUGAACAUCCAGACCGUCCCCGACAACUUGCUGAUGCAGCGGCGGCGUCGUAGGAGGACCCUUCAAAGAGAAGCUUUCCUGACCGUGCCUGUCUCGGUCCACAUAGAAGAACGGCUGGGAAGGAAAAGCAAGGACAAAGAUGGAGAGGAAGGGGUCAAGGAGAGCAACGCCUCUCAAGACUUUGGCAAAGAGGAUCUGGGUCCCGAGCCUGAAGAUGACAAAAAUUCGGAGACCGAUGGCUCCCCAGACCGGGAUGCCCAGCCGCCGUCGAUUGAUCAACCGCCUGCCACCCAUCCAGUGCAUCCUGUGUUCCCUCUGCACCAGCCUGUGCCUUCCGCUCUCCACGCCACUAAGAGCCUGAUUGUAGCCCCCUCCAUCUCUGCUAGACACCCUGUAGCCAUUUUUGCUUCUAAGAGCCAGCCUGUAGUUUCUUUGGCUUUUAAGAGCCAAGUUGCUGACCCCAUGGCCUCUGAGAACCACCUCCAGGUCCCUGCUGUCUCUCUGAGCGAGCCCCUGAUUCCUGUGGCCUCGCAGGGCCAGCCCCAGAAUCUUCCUCGGGCCUCUCAAACUCAGUCUCCACCACCUGGUUUGGUUUCUGGAACCCAGUCACUGGCCACCCAGGUCCAUAUGGGGCAGCCUGUAUCUGCCCAGUCCUUUACUAUUGUGGACCCACAGGCCUCUCAGGCUAUCGAGGACUUGGAGGCCCUACUUCAAAUGCAACAGGCCAUCCCCAGCACCUCUGUAGUGCAGGAGAGUUCCCUGAGCCAGUAUUCAAGUGUCCUGAAGGUUCCUGAGAUGUCGGUUGCUCAGGUUUUGGAGGCUCUGCCACAACCCAGCCAGAAACCAUGUCAGAAACCAUCUACCCUGGCCACCGCAUCAUCUGCCCCUGAUGGCUCAGCUUCAGCCACUGAGACCCAGCAGUCUGUCCCCACUGACAAUGCUGCAGCCUCCGUGGCAGCGAAGAAAAGUCACCCUCUCUAGUAGGGACCAAAUCCCAGCCAUUGGCGUGGCUGCACAAGCCUCUGCCAAAUUUAACUGCCAGCUUCAUAAAAGCUCAAAUCCUUCAUCUUGUUUUGGGAACCUCCAUGUGGAGUCCUGACCUCUCACAGACCAGUGGACUUACUAGACUGCUUCUGCCAAGUGUAUCUGUUUCAGUGUUGGGACAGUUUUCCAGUUUCAAAUGAUAAAGUUAUUCACUGCCAGAAUUUUAAGCUGUAAUAAACUGUGCUAUUCCAAAUGAA